CUCAAAUGUGCAGAAGGUCAGAGGUCAGAAGCCAAGUACCACUUUCGACUAGACUAUACUAAAGAGGAUCUCCAGGGUACCGCGUACCGGUGUACUACAGUCCUCUAUAGGAUAGUGAGAUAUUAGUGAGAUAUGGAGGACAUGAUGGACGCUGAGGAUGGGCCAGAGUAUGAUGAAGAAGAGGAAGACAUCUCUCCCGACCUCUGGCAAGAAGCAUGCUGGAUCGUCAUAAGCUCCUAUUUUGAUGAGAAGGGGUUGGUCCGACAGCAGUUGGACUCUUUUGAUGAGUUCAUUCAGAUGUCAGUGCAGAGGAUAGUGGAGGACACGCCCCCUCUUGAGCUGCAGGCAGAAUCUCAGUACGAUGACAGUGAAACUCCUCCCAAGUACUCUCUCAAGUUUGAGCAGAUCUACUUGUCCAAGCCCACCCACUGGGAGAAGGAUGGGGCACCUGUCCCACUCAUGCCUAAUGAGGCACGACUCAGGAACCUCACAUAUUCUGCGCCCUUGUAUGUGGACGUUACCAAGACGGUCCUGCAUGAGGACAAAGACCCGGAGGUACAUCAACACACAAAGACAUUCAUAGGGAAAAUCCCUAUCAUGUUACGCUCCACCUACUGCCUUCUUAACGGACUCACUGAUCGUGACCUCUGUGAACUCAACGAAUGCCCUUUGGACCCUGGUGGCUACUUCAUUAUCAACGGCUCAGAGAAAGUUCUCAUCGCUCAAGAGAAAAUGGCCACGAACACUGUUUACGUAUUUCAGAAGAAAGAAUCAAAGUAUGCCUACACCGCUGAGAUACGAUCGUAUAUUGAGAAUUCAUCGCGCCCGGUGAGUUCCUUGUGGGUGAGUCAGAUGGCGAGCGGUGGGUCCGGCUCUAAGAAGAGUGCUAUAGGUAGGAGGAUGGUGGCCACUCUGCCCUACAUUCGCCAGGAGGUGCCCAUCAUGAUCGUGUUCAGAGCUCUGGGGUUCGUGUCGGACAGGGACAUUCUGGAGCAUAUCAUCUAUGACUUCAAUGACAUGGAAAUGAUGGAGGCAUUGAAGCCGUCUCUGGACGAGGCCUUUGUCAUACAGGAGCAGAAUGUGGCACUCAACUUCAUUGGAGUGAGGGGGGCCAAGCCGGGAGUUACCCGGGAGAAGAGAAUCAAGUAUGCCAAGGAUAUCCUCCAAAAAGAGCUUCUGCCUCACGUUGGAAUCAGCAGCUUCUGUGAGACUAAGAAAGCAUACUUCCUUGGGUACAUGGUCCAUCGGCUGUUGCAAGCUGCGUUGGGGAGGAGAGAGUUUGAUGACAGAGAUCACUAUGGCAACAAGAGGCUGGAUCUAGCUGGACCACUACUGGCCUUCCUCUUCAGAGGUUUGUUCCGUAAUCUGACCAAAGAGGUGAGGCUGUAUGCACAGAAGUUCAUCGACCGUGGGAGGGACUUCAAUAUUGAGUUGGCCAUCAAGACUCGUACCAUCACUGAUGGUCUCAAGUAUUCCCUGGCUACUGGUAACUGGGGUGACCAGCGCAAGGCUCACCAGACCAGGGCAGGAGUGUCACAGGUAUUGAACCGACUGACCUUUGCCUCCACCCUCUCUCACUUGCGGCGCCUCAACUCUCCCAUUGGUCGUGACGGGAAGCUGGCUAGACCACGACAGCUGCACAACACUCACUGGGGCAUGAUCUGUCCUGCUGAGACACCAGAGGGUCAUGCUGUGGGCCUGGUGAAGAACCUGGCUCUCAUGGCCUACAUCAGUGUGGGGAGUCAGCCUAGUCCCAUCCUAGAGUUCCUGGAAGAAUGGAGUAUGGAGAACCUCGAGGAGAUAGCACCGUCAGCCAUAUCAAAUUCCACCAAGAUCUUUGUGAAUGGCUGCUGGGUGGGUAUCCAUCGUGAGCCAGAGCACCUCAUGAACACACUGCGUCGGUUGAGACGACAGAUGGACAUCAUCGUGUCCGAGGUGUCAAUGAUCCGUGAUAUUCGUGAGAGAGAGAUAAGGAUCUACACUGAUGCUGGGAGAAUCUGUCGGCCAUUGCUCAUAGUGGAGCAUCAGAAGCUGCUGCUCAAGAAAUCUCACAUCCAGUCCCUCAAGGGGAGGGAAUACACCAGUGCAAGCUGGCAGGACCUGGUAGCUGGGGGUGUGGUCGAAUAUAUAGACACUCUUGAAGAGGAGCAAGUGAUGAUUGCCAUGACACCAGAGGACCUGCAAGAAGGAGACGGUUGUUACUGCACCACCUACACUCACUGCGAGAUACACCCCGCCAUGAUACUGGGUGUGUGUGCGUCCAUCAUCCCAUUCCCUGACCACAAUCAAAGCCCCAGGAACACGUACCAGUCAGCCAUGGGCAAGCAAGCUAUGGGAGUCUAUAUCACUAACUUCCACGUGAGAAUGGACACACUGGCCCACGUUCUCUACUACCCUCAGAAACCACUGGUCACUACACGAUCCAUGGAGUACCUCAGGUUCAGGGAACUGCCUGCAGGUAUCAAUGCUAUAGUAGCCAUCCUCUCCUACACUGGCUACAACCAGGAGGACUCUGUCAUCAUGAACAUGUCUGCCAUUGAGAGAGGUCUCUUCCGCUCUGUGUUCUAUCGUAGCUACAAGGAUGAAGAGUCCAAGUCAAGCUACGGAGAAGAGGAGACCUUCGAGAAGCCUAACCGUGAUAGUGUGUCCGGGAUGAGGAAUGCUUUGUAUGACAAGUUGGAUGAUGAUGGUAUCAUCAGUCCUGGGUUAAGAGUGAGUGGGUCGGACGUGAUCAUCGGGAAGACCAUCACCCUGCCGGAGAAUGAUGAUGAGCUCGAGGGUGGUCCCAGACGAUUCUCUAAACGUGAUUCUAGCACGUUCCUCCGCUCUAGUGAGACGGGUAUCAUUGAUCAGGUGAUGCUCUCUGUGAACCAGGAUGGGUACAAGUUUGUUAAGAUCAAAGUCCGCUCAGUGAGGAUACCACAAGUGGGAGACAAGUUCGCCAGUCGCCACGGGCAAAAGGGAACAUGUGGGAUCACUUACAAGAUGGAGGACAUGCCGUUUACUUGUGAGGGAAUUUCCCCUGACAUCAUCAUCAACCCCCACGCUGUCCCUUCUCGUAUGACCAUCGGACAUUUAAUUGAGUGUCUUCAGGGCAAGGUCUCUGCCAACAAGGGGGAGAUUGGAGAUGCCACGCCCUUCAACGAUGCUGUCAAUGUGCAGAAAAUAUCAGAACUGCUUAACGAGUACGGCUACCAUCUCCGUGGCAACGAGGUGCUCUACAAUGGCUUCACUGGACGCAAACUCAACACUCAGGUGUUCUUUGGGCCGACUUAUUACCAGCGACUGAAGCAUAUGGUGGAUGAUAAGAUCCACUCAAGAGCUCGAGGUCCAGUGCAGAUCCUCACUCGUCAGCCCAUGGAGGGGCGCUCUCGGGACGGCGGGUUGAGGUUUGGUGAGAUGGAGCGUGACUGUCAGAUAGCCCACGGUGCGGCACAGUUCCUGCACGAGAGGUUGUUCACCGCCUCAGAUGAAUACAAGGUCCAUAUCUGUAACCUGUGUGGACUCAUCUGUAUAGCCAACCUCAACACUAACACCUUCGAGUGCAGAGGGUGUAAGAACAAGACUCAGAUCUCCCAGAUUGAGAUCCCAUACGCGUGCAAGCUGCUAUUCCAAGAGUUGAUGUCGAUGAGCAUUGCUCCACGCAUCAUGACAUCAUGAGAACAAUCUAACUGACUCUAUUACUUUUGUCUCCCUCCAAUAAUUAUUAUUAUAACUGUAUUCAUGCUCUUGGUAUACAUAAGUACAUUCAUUACUUUGCCAUUGUCUUGA